UCAGCGCGGUCUAGCCUUCAGUGGCGGUCAGUAGUCGAGGAAAUUCAUAAAAAUUGUAAAUCUUUCCACCGUGAAUAUGGCGCCAUGAAGUUGUUUGCCGCCGCCCCCCUCGCUGUUCAGGACGCACGGCUAGUUCGCCCGGCCUCGCCUCUCUCUCUCUCCGCCCAAGAAUGAAGGCGAUGUCUUAGUGAGUGGAGGAUAUCCGCCCUCAGCCCCGCCGCGGAUAUCAUAAACCAGAUAUCAAGUUCCGAUAGCCGAGGAGGAGGCGGGAAGUACGACGGCAGAGGAGGUGACUCGAGUGAAUUACGUUAUCCGCAAAAGCCUACCGGACUCUCCGCGGAAAGGAAUUCCUUUCCGCAGAUCGGGUGGAAAAGGGAACCUCAGGCGGCCAUCUUUCCCGCGGAAGAUCGGAGAGUGCAGUAAGAGUGGAGGAAGGGGGAUAAUAAGGUCCAUAUAGAGCCGUGUGUGUAUAGGUAUGUAAGAUUCUUCCCUUCCACACGAAUUUUGUACAAGUACUCCAUGCGGAGACCCUCCGUGCCUAAUACCAGUAGAAAAAUGUGAUUGGCCCGCCCCCUUGUGUGACGUCACGACCGGGCGUCGUCCCAUUGGCCGGAGGGCCGUUGGGGGAGGGGCGAGGCGCGCGCUGAUUGGCCAGUCUGCGUGGCUGGUGGAGUCUAGUCAAUCGAUAACACAUCCCGAGUCGGAGCCAAAUUAAAGGUAAAUAAUAGACGGCUUUCACAGUGAACGGACGUGUAUAGAGCGCGCUCUGUUGUGCUAUUCAUGUGACCCGAGUUACUCCAGCGACAAUACGGUGAAUAGUGUAGAGUGAAGACAACAAGUGGUACUGUACUCGCUAACUACCCUUGCAGGCCAGUUGCGACCACUAACAACUCCGCGCUGGCUCUAACAACCACGUGUGAAUUCAGUGCUGACGCGGCCUCUGCCACCAAGGAAGCCACCAUUGCCGGCGUCACGUCGUACAGUGCCCUGGCGUCGGGCGCUGACCAGCUGACGGCGGUGGAGGGAGCCAGGAGCGUGUGGGAACGCCGGUGGCGUAGCAGCGGCAGACACGAGUCCUUGAGCUACAAGGAACCGCGGGAAGCCGCCACCCUGGAUUACUACACCAGCGCGGCGCUCAAGCCCUCCAGCAUGCUGACCCUCGACCCGCCAGACCUCAAGGGCGGCAGCUUACACUCGGCGCAUCUCCCGCCCCACACCACCCACUCCCACUCCGUGCCCCACGGACACCACAACUCCCACUCCCACACCUACUCCCUCUCUCACCACUCCUCUCUCACCUCCCUCAACUCCUCUCUGACCUCCUCCCUCUCCAGCCCCUCCCUGGCCUCCGUCGGCACGCUGAGCGCCCACUCCCCGCCCCAGACACACGUCCCCACACCCACCAACAACAACAACAACAACAAUAACACCAGCAACAGCAAUAGCAACAGCACCAGCAACAGCAGCAACAGCAAGAGCAGUGCGUCGUCGUCCAGCGCUGCGGCCGAGCGGGUCAAGCGCCCCAUGAACGCCUUCAUGGUAUGGUCCAGAGGCCAGAGGCGCAAAAUGGCGCAGGAAAACCCCAAAAUGCACAAUUCGGAGAUCUCCAAACGCCUCGGGGCCGAGUGGAAGCUGCUCUCCGAGACGGAAAAGAGACCGUUCAUCGACGAGGCCAAGAGACUGAGGGCGGUCCACAUGAAAGAGCACCCUGACUACAAGUACAGGUACAGCCCGAACCUUAGCCAUGAAACCCCAUCAGUGGCAAGCUUAAGCAGCCGACUCACAGGCCCAAACAACCCUCCUCACCCGCCCCCCCUUUUCUCACAAUUGUCCUCCUACCACUAAUAAGUGAUGAUAAUU